AUGAUUUUAGACGGAUUCUGUCUUGAAAUUCUUGUAAAAGGACGUCCUCUUCCCGAAAUAGCACAACCUAUCACAACCCUGGAUGUUCCAACGACUACUGGACCUUCAUUCAUUUUUGAAGAAAGAAACAAGGAAUGGAAAAUAAGGCAAAUAGUAAUAUUUUUUCUUCUCAAACUUCUUCAACCCAUAUUUGUCAUUGAUUCCUUUAUCUGGGCGGAAGUUCCACAUGCUGGAGUGCAAUUUUCUAUUAGAUUCUCCUCAACUAAAGCAACACCACAUGAUCCUAUAAUGGCUUUCAUAGUUGUAGAUGGUCAAUUAGAUUACCGAUAUAUCGAGCUUUACAAUUCUGGUGCCUAUUUGAGGGACCACUUUGUGAGUGCCUACAGAGAUUUCCGAUAUUACUUCAAGUUUGACAAGACGAUGUGGUCCGAUGAAUGUCAUAAAGUUUAUAGCGAUUCUUCACAACCAAUUUCAUACGGCGGAAUUGGAGCUAUCUCAGUCUACUUUUAUAGGGCGACACCAGUUUUUGAGCUUGUUGGAGAAAUUCCAAACUUUCAAUUACAUCAAAAGAUUUUACCUGAGAGGAAGACGAUGGCGUCAAUUGGACUUUCUACUACUUUUCAACCAAUGUGGGUUCCUGACAAUAUGAUGCCUAAUGUUAAUUUUCUUAGGCCAAGAUCUAAUUCUCCAAUAGCAGUUCUUCAUCUACACUAUCGUCCAGCUUCAUCAGUAAUCUUAUCAUCAGGUAUCGUGCAGCCUGAAGUCAAGGUGAAGCAAGAAGUUAUUGAGGAAAGGAAUUUAUUUUCUGAAGGAUCUAGUAGUGAAAUUGAACCUUCACCAGUUGAACAAGCUUCUAGUUUAAAGAAAAGCGAUAAUAAAUCACCUACCUUGAAAGUUGGAUUACAUAAUGAUAUGCAAGAGCAUUUCAUAGAAGGAUAUAUUAAAUUGGAAGAGAAUGCACAAAAAUUUUUGGUAAACGGAAAAAUCGAAGUCUCAAAUUAUGGUGGGCUUGCAUCGAUUAGCAGCUUGAUUAAUGAUUAUGCGAAUGAUACGAUAUCAUCACUAGAUUUCAAUCAAGCUGAAACACAAGAAACAGAAACCACUUUUAAUGGUGAAAAAGUAGGAAAAAUAAAAUUUGAAGUUUCUAAUUCAUCAACACCAAAAGUGAAUCGCAAACGUGAAAGACCGAAAUCAAAUAAAAGUCGACAUUUACGUGGAAAUGGAAACUUAAGGCAACAAAAACAUAAGCAUUCUCGCUUUCAUCAUCGCAGCUUACUAAGGUUUUGA